CCGCGAUUCGCCGCCCUCCGCGCUGACCCCGCGCAUCCCAGCCGCGGGCAGGGGGUCACCGGGAGGCCGGGGCGCGCAGAGCCCGACCCCGCCAGCCGCCGAGCGAGCAGCCCCCCUUAAAUACCUCGGCACCCGCCUCCGCCAGCCGCACAGCUCGCCGAGCGAGGAGCCGACCGGAGCCGCUCUCGCCAGCGCCGGGGACCUGCACCGCGUACCGCCGCCGAGGAGCAGCGACAGGGCCGCCCCAUGCCUGCGCACUUGCUGCAAGAGGAGGAGUUCUCCUCCACCUCCAGCACCACUGCUGUUGGCACAGUCACCUCCCGGGUGACCAAGAAUGGAAAUGCCAUCAUGGAGAAGGACUUACCCAAUCAUGAGGACUUGGCAAGAGACCGGGGCAUGGUAGACGAUAUCUUUGAUGAGACCUACCGGGAGAAAGAGGGCCCCAAGCCCCCGCUGCGAUACGUCUGGAGGAAUAUCAUCCUCAUGAGCCUGCUGCACCUCGGGGCCCUAUUCGCGUUGACGCUGAUACCUUCUGCGAAGAUCCAGACGCUGGCAUGGGCUGUUCUGUGUUUCGUGGUGAGCGCUCUGGGGAUCACAGCUGGAUCUCACCGCCUCUGGAGUCAUCGGUCCUACAAAGCCACGCUGCCCCUGCGCAUCGUCCUGACCAUUGCGAACUCCAUGGCCUUCCAGAAUGACAUCUAUGAGUGGGUGCGGGACCACCGGGUCCAUCACAAGUUCUCCGAAACAGAUGCAGACCCGCACAACGCCAUGCGGGGCUUCUUCUUCUCCCACAUCGGCUGGCUGCUUGUGCGCAAGCACCCGGAUGUCAUCGAGAAGGGACAGAAGCUGGACCUGAGUGACAUAAAGGCUGACAAAGUGGUGAUGUUCCAGCGCAGAUACUACAAGCCCUCGGUGGUGUUGCUGUGCUUCACACUGCCAACUGUAGUGCCCUGGUACUUCUGGGAUGAAUCCAUCAUCAUCAGCUUCUUCAUUCCAGCCAUCCUGCGCUACGCCCUAGGGCUCAAUGCCACUUGGCUAGUGAACAGUGCUGCUCAUAUGUAUGGCAACCGGCCAUAUGACCAGAACAUCAACCCGCGGGAGAACCCCCUGGUCAGCCUGGGGGCCAUAGGAGAAGGCUUCCACAACUACCACCACACGUUCCCCUAUGACUACUCCACCAGUGAGUUUGGCUGGCGUUUCAACUUAACCACAGCCUUCAUUGACCUCAUGUGCCUCCUGGGGCUGGCCAGCGAUCGCAAGAAGGUCUCCAAGGAGGUCAUCCUGGCUCGGAAAAUGCGGACUGGAGAUGGAAGUCACAAGAGUGGCUGAGUUCCUGCUCCCUUUCACACAUGCAUCCACACCUCUCCUUCCUUUUUUUUCUCCCCUUCUCCUUUCCCGACCCCUCCAAACACGCUGGACAAGAGUUUAAUGUUCUGUUAACUAACUACUGAAUAAUGCUACCAGUUUGCUUAAGAUAAUGAUAAUGAGUUUUAACACCCCCUCCCAAGCUGCAUUUUGCGUGACGUGUUUAAGAUCUAAGACUCUGCCUUUAUAACACAAGGCCACCCUUUCCCUCCUCUCCUUUCCCUUUCUGUUUUCCUCUCCAGCCUCUCUAACCUGUCUCCUGAGUUAUAUUGCCCCAGUCUCUACCUGGAAGAGAAGCUGGUAGGAAGAGGCAUGGGGAGGCCCAUUGCAGUUGGCUAUGUACUACUUAGUUAAGGGAAGUCUGUACCAGCCAGAAGAGUUGAGCCAAAGUCAGUGACCCUCUCCCCACUCCCUUCCCCACGAAGUUUCUGCCAUGGUCCCUCCUCUUUUUUCAAGGGCUGCUGACAGACAUGACAUGGCUAAACUGCUCUUCCUGGGAAAAGCAGCCUCAUCCCUUGCUCUUGCCAAGAGAAAGAAGAGUUGUUUCUUUCCAAGAUGUCUCUUGGGAGGUGUUCUCCCCGGCUCCUCACCACCUAGCCACUCUGGCUGGGGAGAGGAGAGUGCCCAGACUCUCUCAGAUCCCCAGCCAUGUCCACCAGUGGCCAGGGGAUGUGGUAACAGCGGUGGGCACUGGAGAGGGAGUGCUGGUGGCCUUAAUUCCUACUCCCUCUGGUGUCACAGCCUCCCCCCUUCACUGCCCUCUGUGCCAUGAGGGACUGAAGGCAGAGCAUGACUCUGAGCUCCACAGCUGUUUUGGAGAGCCACAGUGAGGAGGAGGACAGAUGGAGGGGUGUGCCACUGGCUGCCAAGGGGCAGUACCGGCCCAUAGUGAGUUUUGUUCACCGCCACUGCUGAGAUUUUUGCUGGCAAAUUGGACUUUGCCAAAAUGGAGAGGAGGAGAAGGAUGUAAGCCAAAGCUCCACCUCUGAGUUAAGCUGCUUUUUGUGCUGGAAAAACAGGGUCCCUUCGGGGUGGCAGGCAGAUCCACAUCUUUGCUGAGCACAGGGACAGGACAAGGGAGCACCUGCAGGUGUAGGUAGGAGUGAGGGUGUCCGCAGGAGCAGGUAUUUUCAUCCUUGGGGGCUCCACUCAACAAGUGCCUGAGAAACAAUAGUGUGGAGCCAGUUGGCACAGAGGGCUCGAAGAAGUUGAGACCUCAAGGCAAGACACUGCCACCAGUGUAAGCUACCUCUGUGCACUCUUGCCCAGGGUCUGCUGUGUUGGUUUGCCGUUCCCUGCUGAGCAAAAACAGCUCCUUGUUAGUCCCUUAGCUUGCCUCCCAGCCCCCUCGGCGAGCCAUCUCGCCACCUCGCUCCUUUGCCAGAGAGACUGGCAGCGAGGGUGGCUGAGCCUGCAGAAAGGUCAGCUACACCACUGAGCCGAUGUGGGCAUGCAGCUGGAGGGCGCCGGGGAAAAAAGUCCGCGUGGGUGUUGUUUCCUGCAAGUUGCAGAGACCAGCUUGAGUUCAGGCAGUCGGUUACAUUCUGGAUGUUACUGUGUCACACCCCUCACUGAGCUGAACGUGUUUUUUCCUUAAUUCUCCUAGUUUUUUAUUAAUUUUUAUUACUAUUAUUAUUAUUAGUUGUAGCAAUAGUACUGUUUUUGUUGUUUCAAUGCAUCAAUCGGAGCUGGAGGAAAGCACAAGAGGUAGCUGGAACAAAGUGAUUUUGGAGUGGGGUUUGCAGCGUCUCCCUUAUUCAGGCAGGCCAGGGAAGGCAGAGACAGUGCAGAUGCCAACUUCCUCACCUCAGCUCUGCCACGUUGCAGCCAGGGAAGCUUCAUGGGAGCGAGUGUCUGCAGCUUUGCUUCCUCCUGCUGCAGUGAAACUCGCCAGGAGCCAGGAUAGCUCUGUGAUCUUAACAAGAAUAAGCUUGUUACUCAGAAAAUGAGUCUGUCUCCUCACUUUCCCCUCCCUGCCACCACCACGACCUUGUGUUGCUCAGCAAUGGGACCCUUUGAGGUUUUGAGCCGUAAGGAGUGAUAUGAUUUCCAGCCAAGAGGAACAAGGACAAAUGGAGAAGAGAGUCCUUCAGAGAGAGCUCCUGGUUUCAGGAGACAGCAUACUUACUGCUCUGAGGCUCUGGGUGCUGGCUGGAGCAAAGGGAGUUGUGGCUAGAGCAGUAUCCUACCAUUUGGAAAGAAAAUAAAAAACCCUCAAAAAAAAAAAAAAAAAAAAAAAAAAAAAAAAAGAGAGAGAGAGAGAGAGAGAGAAACACUGUUAGCUGUGUAAUUAUGGGCUGAUUUCACUCUACUGUAAACCCCUCUGAACUUGUGGAAGUCCCCAGAGAGGAUGAAUUUGCUCCAGCCAGUAAUUUGAAAGGGGUGUGGGCAGGGGAGAAGGGCAGAAUGAUUUCCUUGCUCCUGGUGCCCUUAAGGUGUGGUGUGACAUAACCCUACAGAAAAGAUGUGUGCUGUGAAAUGCAGCAGUGUUUCACAUCCUCUCAGCAGAGAAGCAGGGCUUGACAUCAAGGGUUCCUUUAAAAUUUCAAAUGCUGAUUUGGGUCCAGAUUCUGGAAUGAGAGUGGAAGUUGAGGAGCAGUAACCAAACAGUCCUGGUGUUUGUCCAGUCACUUUAAAAGUAGAUUGGCAAAUAUCUCUGGGUGCCUUAAAUCUUUCUUUAAUAUACAUAGAAGUAUUGACAGCUAUUUGCCAUUUGAUUUUUUUUUUCCUGAGUUAUGAACAUGCAAGGGGUUUCUUAAUUAUUUAAUUGCCUACAUUGAACUGUGGGUGCAGGUGAUUUUGAAUGUAUAUGAGUUAGAAUUUUUGUUAGAUUAAGAAACAGAUACAACACUUUAAGUAGAACUUUGUUUGAGAUAUAUAUAUAUAUACCUAUAAAUAUAUAUAUAUUUUUGGUGGCAUGUUUGUGUCCUGGACGCAUCAUCUGUAUGUUUAGCUUAAAUGAGUCUGUGAAAGAUGGAAGCAGAAAAAGAAGCAGUGGGACCUCGCAGCUAAAGCAGUUGGGACCUGUUCCCAGCUUAACAAUUUGCUCACUGCGUGAUUUGGGACAAAGUCACUUAAAAACGCUCUGUGCCUCAGUUUCCCUAUCUGUAGUGAGGGGUUACACCCUGCCUCGCUGAGGUGUGGUGAGGCUCGCUGCCAAUCAGCCGAGCACAGGAAGGAACAGUACGAACCACACACUGCUGCUGGCAGAAGCAUGGACUGGUUUGUUUUCCAAAACCGUUCCCAGCUCUGCUGGUAUUGUGAAGAGCAGAAGUCUAAGUGUUGGGUGUUCAGGGAAGGAUUGGAAAGUUGAAUCUGCACAUUGUCUAAGCUCUGUCACUGUUGAAAUGUGAGUAGGAUACGAUUUUUCACAGCUUAGGGAUUUCUGCAUAGUAGUAUCUCUGUUUUGUGUACUGGGAAAAAAAAAUGUUUUUGAAAUAAUUUCUACUAAUAUGGAAACAGACGUCUGGUUGUGCUGAUCUGAAAUUUUAUUUGUUCAUAAUAAAAAUGAUAAAUGUUACUUUAAAA